ACAAACACACAGCGCGACCAGGCAACACAACAGGACAGACCGGAUAGAUGCGCUCAUGGUUCGUCUCGUGCCAAGAAGUUUGAGGUUGUACUAGACACAAACAAAACUGUCUUCAACCUGUUGCUACAUCAGAUGGAUUGUGCAGACACGUGACUACUGAAGGUUUACAAGAAUGUGCAUGUUGCCAUCUGCUGCCUAUUUUUCAUCAUCAUCCCAGAAUCCUACAAUGUUCCAUUAUUCCUGAGCCUGUUGACCUGGGGACGGCAGACAUGAACACCGGGGUGCAUCGGGGAUUCCUCCGAAAAUAUGGAGGCUUCAUGUUCAAACAGUGGAAGGAGAAAUAUUUGGUGCUGACAGCAGAGGGCAGUCUGCUGGUGUGCCGUGACAUAGAGUCCCCACCAGACCAGGUAAUUUCUCUGCAGAAUGACUGUGAGACCAUCGCUGAGGGCAGAGACAUUCUGGACCUGCCCAAGUUACCUACGGGGGGCAGGAGGGACUGCUGCUUUGCCCUCCUCCUGCCCCAAAACAAGUUCCUUCUUCUGCUCGCCGACAAUCCCGAUGACUGCAAUUUAUGGCUCAAUUUGAUUCGGAAAGUGAGAGAGGGUGUAAUGUCUCCCAUGACCCUCCAGAGGCAGCGCAGCAUCACACCGUGUAUCUCAGACAGAGACUCCCUGCUGGACUCCUGCAGUGACAAAGACCCAGGCUCCCCCAAAAUAUGUGACAACACCCCACCCCUGAGUCGCUUGGCUGACAGAGGGGGAUCCUUUAGAGAGCCAAAUCAAAGUAAUGGAGUGCGGCGACCUCUGAGGAGCGUGUCCGUAGCCCCUCCACACCGGGUGUCCGAUUGUCUUCGUCAUGGCAACAGCAGUGAUGCGCGUGCGGUUCGGGCAGUGUGUCUGCUGAUGGGUGGUGCUGCUGCCUCUUCAGCUUUGGGAUACCUGAACUCCUGUGCACCCACGUUUCCCAUCGCUACCAACAGGCCACCUGAGAUCACUAGUGGUUCCGGGGGCUUUUCUGAGCUGCCCACAGGGAAUGCCUUCCACGCCUGCAGCCAGGAUGUGGACUCCCCACACCUCAACAGCUUUGACUUUGAGGCGGACUCUGAUUUUGAUGCAUUUGACUGUGGAUCUUUCGCUUUUUAAUUGCUUGAUGUGAUUAUGUGUAGGUUUAAUUCAUAAAUUAAUUAGCAUAUUCUUCCUGGCACAGUGCCCUUGCUCCUCAGAUAAAUCAUUCAUAACCCUGAGUCUCUGAACACUGUCUGUCUGUGUUGUAUCACUAUUUCCAAGCCACAGAAAAGCCUAAGGUCAGGCAGGGACACUGUAUAAUGACACUCUCUUAAUGAGGAAACCCAAACCUGUCUCUUGUGGGAAGCAUCCA